GACGGCUUCUUCCAGGGUGGGUCCACCUCACCAUUAAUGGUGCCUGAGGGCUGUUUCCGGGGCGGGCCUGCCCCAGGGGAAGCCCUUCUCCCAACUGCAUCUCACCCCUUGCCCCCCUCCUUGUUGCUGUGGUCCCAUGAGACGACAGCUCACUCAUGCAGUGUCCCCGCUGCUGUCUUCUCGAAGCCUGUGCAGGCAGUGCAGGUGCCCAGGAGCGGCAGCUCCCUGCAUGUGUGGUGCUGUCAGAGUCCUUAGAGGGACAUGGGAAGCUGCUACUUCAAACCAGGAGGGCUAAGGCUUUAAGGUGGCAAAAUGGGUCACUGCUGGGAUUAUUUCCCAGCCUUGGGAAGACCCUGCUACCCCAAUUCCGGUGGAAUUCCUGGGGUCCCAGAGUUAGUCUUUCUUUUUAGAUCGAUGUUUUGGUUCUCUUUAACUGUAUUCAUUUGAUUAGUAUGUACCAAGGGUGUAGUGUGUAUCCAGCUCUGCAGCCGAUGGUGGAUAAACACUGGCAGGCAGACCUGCACCCAGUCCCUACCUGUGCGGGGUUUACCCGGUGGUGAAAUGCAGGCAUCCUGGGAAGCGUCACAGUUUUAAUGGGCGUCAGUUGUUACAGCUCAGGUUAAAUGCCUUGUCCUGGAUAAGAUGCUUUUCAAGGAUCUGGGUAAGGGCAAGGAAACCCCAAGAGCUUGCUGAGCUCCGGGAAUUGGCCUAGGCUGGGGGCCUGAGUCCCCGGUGGUGACAGCACUAGGGGCUGGGUCCUCGGGGUCUCCCUGGAGGGAGAGUCUCCUCUUUGUGUCCCUGGAAGGAGGUACUCUGGAGGAGCUAGAAGGCUGGAACCAUGGAGAAAAGAUGAAGGAGAAGUGGUCCCCGUCGUGGGAGGGGAGCGGGUUUUAAAAAACAUUUCAUUUUGUUUUUUGGCCAAAAAAUUAACAAUGUGUCCUUCAUUAUUCCAUUGAUGACAAAAUUUGUAUCUAGUCUCCGUUGUGUGGCACAUACUGUGCUAGUUAUUGAGGCUUCAACAGCGUGGGUGCUUGGGUGUGCCACAUACAGCUUACAGUCCUUGAGACCGUAGAUGCUGUGGUUAGAAUAGAGAAAUUGACGUUCCUGGCUUGGAAGCUUCUCUCAGUUUUUAUCUGCCCCGAAGGGUGGCUCUGUCUGCCCUGCCUGGGGGGGCUGGGCCAGACCUGUGUUCCUUUUGGGUCUGAGAACUUGUCCAGGGCCCUGGAAGAACGGAAUAUGUUAUAUUUUAGCAAGAUCAGUCAGUGGCUUUGAGAAAAGAAACCUUACAGCUGGUGGCCCUAGGCUGGGGUGGGUCCAGCCUGCCUAGCCCAGCCCUCCCUGUGGGAGGUGGCUGGCUCCUGUCAAUCAGUCCCAAGAGACUGAUUGAAGCAUAUUUGAAAUCUUGGGGGGAUUGUUCUGACCACCUGGUAAGCUUUUGAGUCACCGCCUUUUGGUGCCAGCUGUUGCGUGAGCAGGGAAUAGGAGCCCAAGCAAAGUGUAAUUAGGAAGGCAAAUCUGCCGCUAAAACCUCGCCUUGAUGAACACCAGGCUGAGGGUCCCGGCAUUGCUUCCCUUCUCGACUGUGCUCUGUUCUGAAUGGGAGGGUGAAACCAUCUUGGGGCACUGCCUCCGUUCUUUUGCAUCAUCCUGAUUGGCAGUGUUCAUUUCAGGAAUCUGAGACACCAGGCAUUCAGUGGACGUGCGUAUGACUGGAAAGUAGAAUCUCACUUCAAUUUUAUGUUCUGGAGCGUAUCUGUGUUAGUUUGCACGAGUGGGAGUUGGUUCUUUGGGAAUUCCUAAUUGCUUUGAGUGGGAUAAGCAUGGAGCGAGACCUUUAAAAGAUGAGGUUCGUUUCAUAAACCCACUGUGUACCAGCUGUGUGGCUCUGGGCAAGGUUACUUACCUGUCGGACUUCCGGUUCCUCAGUUACAAAAAGCAGGGACUAUGAUUUGCAGGGUUGCUGUGAGGACUAGGUGAAAUGCUGGAUCUUGCACAGUGUCUGGAGUGUUAAUUACAUGUGGGUAAUUAUGUGUGAGAUGCUGGCCAUCCUCCUUCUCGAGAGGAAAAAAAACAAAGUCAGAUGAAAAUCUAGUAGCAGGGAUAUCAGGCUGGAAGGUGUAGAGGGCUUUGGUAGUUUUGUGAAUCUACCAACAGUUAUCCAUUCGAAACAUAGUUUUGGACAUCCACUCUGUGGCAGGCUCUGGGAAUACAGUAGGAGGCAUGACCCUGUCCUGGGUCUUAAGGAGACUUCAAGAGACUGUCACAUCCAGAGAUUACUGCAAUAUGGCUUUGGGAGCACAAAGGAGGGAGAACUUCUCUAAAGAAAUGGCCUCUCUUCAGAGACCUGGCUAGGGAGGGGAGUUCGUCACGUGCAGGUGGGAAGUGGAGUAGGGUCCUCCAGCCAGAGUGGACAAGCGUGCUCGGAAGCCCAGAGCGAGGAGAGCGGCGCAUUCAGGGAACACGGGUAGGCUGUUCAUAGGGAAAUGCUGGGCGGGAAAGCUGGGGACGGUGCACCAUCUGCUCCAGGCUUGAGAACCGGGGCUGAUGAUAAAAGACGCUUUUCCAUAAUCAAGGCACCUACCUGCGCACAGGCAGAACAGAACCAACCCUUCUGAGGUGAGAGGUCUCCUUUCUCCUCUUCUGCCUUUCUCUUCUUCCCAAGUUCGAGGCUCCUUCCAGCAUAAAUAUUUCCGUUAUUGAAGGAAGGAAUCCAAGCACCAGCAUUCCGUUGCUUUCACACUAGAAUGUUUAAUGUCAGGCAUUUUCUGACAGGGAUCACCUUUGGAAAACGAAAGGCCAGUAAACAAUUAGAAUUACAAAUUGUCUCAUUUUCCUUCAGUGUUUUCUUUGAAGACCAGUUGGGUGGAAACAGACCUAAUUAUUUCUUUAUCACAUAUAAAAUACCCCAAAAGCCUGAGCCAAGCCUUCCUUUAGGUUAGUGAAUUACAUGGAGGAGAGGGCAGCCUAUUUCUAACCUGCACUAUUAAUUACAGGGCACUUGUAAAAAAGAAUUAAGCCUGGAAAUGCAGCUGGCAAGCUGACAUCUAAUUCUGUAAAUAAUUGAGAGUCAAACCAUUAUUUUCCUGAAAACUAGAAAUUGUUCAACGUACUUUCCUGAUUAGCACCUAAAUAAUAAAGUAAUUAUGUAAUUAGUAAGUAAUUUGUCACUUCAGGAUGUAAAUUUAAUUUAUUAUCUUUUCUUUUAAGCUUGGCACCAGAGGUAAUAGAGGCAGUAUCUGUGUUAACUGUAUUUCAAGGGGCAGGCCGGGCAGGCAGGGGCUGUGUCGGAGAUGAGCACACACUCUCAGUGAGAAGAGGCCUGCAAGUUAGGAUCCCAGGACCCCUUUACAGGACUUCGAAUAACUUUUUGCCAUUAUUUUUAGUAUAUUCUUAGACACUGGAUAAGAAUUGAUUUUUUCGAGGACGUACGAGGUGUAUGUUUUUGCAUGUGAUGACGCGUGCGAGGACGUGCAAGGUAUAUGUUUCUGUAUGUGAUGAUGCGUGUGAGGACGUGCGAGGUGUAUGUUUUUGUAUGUGAUGAUGCGUGCGAGGACGUGCGAGGUGUACGUUUUUGCAUGUGAUGACGCGUGCGAGGACGUGCGAGGUGUAUGUUUCUGUAUGUGAUGAUGCGUGCGAGGACGUGCGAGGUGUAUGUUUCUGUAUGUGAUGAUGCGUGCGAGGACGUGCGAGGUGUAUGUUUCUGUAUGUGAUGACGCGUGUGAGGACGUGCGAGGUGUAUGUUUUUGCAUGUGAUGACGCGUGUGAGGACGUGCGAGGUGUAUGUUUUUGUAUGUGAUGAUGCGUGCGAGGACGUGCAAGGUGUAUGUUUUUGCAUGUGAUGACGCGUGUGAGGACGUGCGAGGUGUAUGUUUUUGUAUGUGAUGACACGUGCGAGGACGUGCGAGGUGUAUGUUUUUGCAUGUGACGACGCGUCCGAGGACGUGCAAGGUGUAUGUUUCUGUAUGUGAUGACACGUGCGAGGACGUGCGAGGUGUAUGUUUUUGCAUGUGAUGACGCGUGCGAGGACGUGCGAGGUGUAUGUUUUUGCAUGUGACGACGCGUCCGAGGACAUGCAAGGUGUAUGUUUCUGUAUGUGAUGACACGUGCGAGGACGUGCAAGGUGUAUGUUUUUGCAUGUGAUGACGCGUGCGAGGACGUGCGAGGUGUAUGUUUCUGUAUGUGAUGACGCGUGCGAGGACGUGCGAGGUGUAUGUUUUUGUAUGUGAUGACGCGUGCGAGGACGUGUGAGGUGUAUGUUUUUGCAUGUGAUGAUGCGUGCGAGGACGUGCGAGGUGUAUGUUUCUGUAUGUGAUGACGCGUGCGAGGACGUGUGAGGUGUAUGUUUUUGCAUGUGAUGACGCGUGCGAGGACGUGCGAGGUGUAUGUUUCUGUAUGUGAUGACACGUGCGAGGACGUGCGAGGUGUAUGUUUUUGCAUGUGAUGACACGUGCGAGGACGUGCAAGGUGUAUGUUUCUGCAUGUGAUGACACGUGCGAGGACGUGCGAGGUGUAUGUUUUUGCAUGUGACGACGCGUCCGAGGACAUGCAAGGUGUAUGUUUCUGUAUGUGAUGACACGUGCGAGGACGUGCAAGGUGUAUGUUUUUGCAUGUGAUGACGCGUGCGAGGACGUGCGAGGUGUAUGUUUCUGUAUGUGAUGACGCGUGCGAGGACGUGCGAGGUGUAUGUUUUUGUAUGUGAUGACGCGUGCGAGGACGUGCGAGGUGUAUGUUUUUGCAUGUGAUGAUGCGUGCGAGGACGUGCGAGGUGUAUGUUUCUGUAUGUGAUGACGCGUGCGAGGACGUGCGAGGUGUAUGUUUUUGUAUGUGAUGACACGUGCGAGGACGUGCAAGGUGUAUGUUUCUGUAUGUGAUGACGCGUGUGAGGACGUGCAAGGUGUAUGUUUCUGUAUGUGAUGACGCGUGUGAGGACGUGCGAGGUGUAUGUUUCUGUAUGUGAUGACGCGUGCGAGGACGUGCGAGGUGUAUGUUUCUGUAUGUGAUGACGCGUGCGAGGACGUGCGAGGUGUAUGUUUCUGUAUGUGAUGACGCGUGCGAGGACGUGCGAGGUGUAUGUUUUUGUAUGUGAUGACGCGUGCGAGGACGUGCGAGGUGUAUGUUUUUGUAUGUGAUGAUGCGUGCGAGGACGUGUGAGGUGUAUGUUUUUGCAUGUGAUGAUGCGUGCGAGGGCGUGUGAGGUGUAUGUUUCUGUAUGUGAUGACACGUGCGAGGACGUGUGAGGUGUAUGUUUUUGCAUGUGAUGAUGCGUGUGAGGACGUGCAAGGUGUAUGUUUCUGUAUGUGAUGACGCGUGCGAGGACGUGCGAGGUGUAUGUUUUUGCAUGUGAUGACGUGUGCUCCUGCAUUCGUUCAGUGGCCACCCUCCGUGCGCCCCUGCUGCGCUCGCACUGAGCUGCAGGCUUUGGAGAUGAGAGAUGAAAGUGGUCUAGCUGUGGUCUUGCUCUUAAGAAGUGUUUUGGUAUCGGCCUGUAGGUCUGUGUAUGUGUGAACACCACUCAUUUGUUUGUUUCAUUCUUUCGUUCAUUCAACAAAUGUUUGCUGAGCCCUUGGCUACUACAUCCAGGAACUAUGCUAAAAGCUGGGCAUGUGGUGACCUACGCAAAAAGGGGCUGCUCUUAAGGAGCCACCAUCCUAAUAAAGGGGACAGCCCCUCCCACCUUUACAGAAACACCCCCCCAGUACAUCGAGGCCAAGGAGGGUGGUAGUAUCACCAUGACCUGCACAGCUUUUGGGAAUCCCAAGCCCAUUGUCACCUGGCUCAAGGAGGGGACGCUCCUCGGUGCUAGUGGGAAAUACCAGGUGAGUGACGGCAGCCUGACAGUGACAUCAGUCAGUCGGGAGGACAGAGGUGCCUACACCUGUCGAGCGUACAGCAUUCAGGGGGAGGCUGUCCACACGACCCACCUGCUUGUCCAAGGGCCCCCUUUCAUCGUCUCCCCUCCUGAGAACAUCACCGUCAACAUCUCCCAGGAUGCUCUGCUCACCUGCCGGGCAGAGGCGUAUCCGGGCAACCUCACCUACACCUGGUACUGGCAGGACGAGAAUGUCUACUUUCAGAACGACCUGAAGCUGAGGGUGCGCAUCCUAAUCGAUGGGACCCUGAUCAUCUUCCGGGUGAAGCCGGAGGACUCGGGGAAGUACACCUGUGUGCCCAGCAACAGCCUGGGGCGCUCCCCCUCCGCCUCGGCGUACCUGACCGUGCAGUACCCAGCCCGUGUCCUCAACAUGCCCCCUGUAAUUUACGUGCCCGUGGGGAUCCAUGGCUACAUCCGCUGCCCUGUGGACGCAGAACCACCGGCCACCGUGGUCAAGUGGAACAAGGACGGCCGUCCCCUGCAGGUUGAGAAGAACCUGGGUUGGACCCUGAUGGAGGAUGGCUCCAUUCGAAUUGAGGAGGCCACAGAGGAGGCUCUUGGCACUUACACCUGUGUGCCUUACAACACCCUGGGGACCAUGGGCCAGUCUGCCCCUGCGAGGCUUGUCCUGAAGGACCCCCCCUAUUUCACGGUGCUACCAGGCUGGGAGUACAGGCAGGAGGCCGGCCGGGAGCUGCUUAUCCCCUGUGCUGCCGCAGGGGACCCCUUUCCUGUCAUCACUUGGAGAAAGGUAGGGAAGCCCAGCAGAAGCAAGCACAGUGCCCUGCCCAGUGGGAGCCUGCAGUUCCGUGCCCUGAGUAAGGAGGACCACGGGGAGUGGGAAUGUGUCGCCACCAACGUGGUCACGAGCAUCACUGCCAGCACCCACCUCACCGUCAUCGGCACCAGCCCCCAUGCCCCGGGCAGUGUCCGGGUCCAGGUCUCCAUGACAACUGCCAACGUGUCCUGGGAACCAGGCUAUGAUGGAGGCUACGAGCAGACAUUCUCAGUUUGGUACGGACCUCUGAUGAAGCGGGCACAGUUUGGGCCCCAUGACUGGCUGUCCUUGCCAGUGCCGCCAGGACCCAGCUGGCUGCUGGUGGACACCCUGGAGCCUGAGACAACGUACCAGUUCAGCGUCCUGGCCCAGAACAAGCUGGGAACCAGCGCCUUCAGUGAGGUGGUCACUGUGAACACUUUAGCAUUCCCUAUUACAACUCCAGAACCCCUGGUGCUGGUCACCCCACCGAGGUGCCUCAUAGCCAAUCGGACUCAGCAGGGUGUGCUCCUGUCCUGGCUUCCACCUGCUAACCACAGCUUUCCCAUCGACCGCUACAUCAUGGAGUUCCGUGUCGCAGAGCGCUGGGAGUUGCUCGACGAUGGCAUCCCCGGCACCGAAGGAGAGUUCUUUGCCAAGGAUCUGUCACAGGACACGUGGUACGAGUUCCGGGUUCUGGCCGUCAUGCAGGAUCUGAUCAGCGAGCCCAGCAACAUCGCCGGUGUCUCCAGCACAGACAUCUUCCCGCAGCCGGACCUGACCGAGGACGGGCUGGCGCGGCCUGUGCUGGCGGGAAUCGUAGCUACCAUCUGCUUCUUGGCAGCUGCCAUCCUGUUCAGCACCCUGGCUGCCUGCUUUGUCAACAAGCAGCGCAAGCGUAAGCUCAAGCGCAAAAAAGACCCUCCACUCUCCAUCACCCACUGCAGGAAGAGCCUGGAGUCUCCCUUGUCCUCUGGCAAGGUGAGCCCCGAGAGCAUCCGCACGCUCCGAGCGCCGUCAGAAUCCUCCGACGACCAGGGCCAGCCCGCGGCCAAGAGGAUGCUGAGCCCCACCCGCGAGAAGGAGCUGUCGCUGUACAAGAAGACCAAGCGGGCCAUCAGCAGCAAGAAGUACAGCGUGGCUAAGGCAGAGGCCGAGGCAGAGGCCACCACGCCCAUCGAGCUCAUCAGCAGAGGCCCUGACGGCCGCUUCGUGAUGGACCCUGCCGAGAUGGAGCCCUCGCUGAAGAGCAGGCGCAUCGAGGGCUUCCCCUUCGCCGAGGAGACGGACAUGUACCCCGAGUUCCGCCAGUCGGACGAGGAGAACGAGGACCCACUGGUGCCCACAUCUGUGGCCGCCCUGAAGUCCCAGCUCACCCCUCUGUCAUCCAGCCAGGAGUCCUACCUGCCACCACCAGCAUACAGCCCUCGGUUCCAGCCCCGUGGGCUGGAGGGCCCCGGUGGCCUGGAAGGUCGGCUUCAGGCCACAGGCCAGGCCCGGCCCCCUGCCCCCCGGCCCUUCCACCAUGGCCAGUAUUAUGGGUACCUCAGCAGCAGCAGCCCUGGGGAGGUGGAGCCGCCCCCGUUCUACGUGCCAGAAGUGGGCAGCCCCCUGAGCUCCGUCAUGUCGUCCCCGCCCCUGCCCACCGAGGGGCCCUUUGGCCACCCCACCAUCCCCGAGGAGAAUGGAGAGAAUGCAUCCAACAGCACGCUGCCCUUGACUCAGACACCUACAGGAGGGCGCUCCCCUGAGCCCUGGGGCCGGCCAGAAUUCCCCUUCGGGGGGCUGGAGACCCCAGCAAUGAUGUUCCCCCACCAGCUGCCACCCUGUGAUGUGCCCGAGAGUCUGCAGCCCAAGGCCGGCCUCCCCCGAGGACUGCCCCCCACCUCCCUGCAGGUGCCCGCGGCCUACCCGGGCAUCCUGUCUCUGGAGGCACCGAAGGUUUGGGCAGGCAAGUCGCCCGGCAGGGGCCCUGUCCCAGCGCCUCCCGCCGCCAAGUGGCAGGACAGACCUAUGCAACCUCUGGUAAGCCAAGGGCAGCUGCGACAUACAAGCCAAGGCAUGGGCAUACCUGUGCUGCCUUACCCCGAGCCGGCUGAGCCGGGGGCGCACGGCGGCCCCAGCACAUUUGGCCUGGACACCCGGUGGUAUGAGCCCCAGCCCCGGCCCCGGCCUAGCCCUCGGCAGGCCAGGCGCGCCGAGCCCAGUUUACAUCAAGUGGUGCUACAGCCCUCCCGGCUCUCACCUCUGACCCAAAGCCCCCUCAGCUCCCGCACUGGCUCCCCUGAGCUCGCCGCCCGUGCCCGGCCUCGCCCGGGCCUCCUGCAGCAGGCAGAGAUGUCAGAGAUCACCCUGCAGCCGCCGGCUGCAGUCAGCUUUUCUCGAAAGUCUACGCCGUCCACAGGCUCCCCCUCCCAGAGCAGCCGCAGUGGGAGUCCCAGCUACCGGCCCGCCGUGGGCUUCACCACUCUGGCCACCGGCUACCCUUCCCCUCCACCCGGCCCCGCCCCUGCUGGGCCUGGGGACAGCUUGGACGUGUUUGGACAGACGCCCUCCCCUCGAAGGACGGGGGAGGAAUUGCUCCGACCAGAGCCCCCACCACCCACGUUACCUACUUCAGGAACACUUCCACCUGCACCCGGGAACGCUGCUGCACCUGAGAGGCUGGAGGCUCUGAAAUACCAACGGAUAAAGAAGCCCAAAAAGUCAUCCAAGGGCUCUUCGAAGUCAAAGAAACGAUCCGAUGAUUCUGCCUCCCAGACUCAGCAGCUUCCCAACUCUCAGGUUCUGUGGCCCGAUGAAGCUGUCUGCCUCCGAAAGAAGAAGAGACAUUCUCGUCCUGACCCCUUUGCCCGGCUCUCAGACCUGUGCCACCGCCAGCUUCCGGAAGACCAGACAGCGAUUCUCAACAGUGUGGACCACGAUGACCCAGGACAUGCCACUUUGCUGUGACGCCACCCCACUCUAGGUGUCCCCGGGGCGAGGUUGCUGGGCUCAGGCAGGGAGGGCCACUGUGUGGGGGUGUGUCCUCCUCCGCCUGCCAAGGGCGGCCCAGACCUUUGUCCUGCAUGCCCCCUCUUUUGCCAGAGCGGGUGUCUCCCUCCAGAUCCUGGCCGCCUGUCUUCAGGACGGAGGGUGGGCACACCUUCCACCUGUGGGUCGAGGUCAGGAAGUGGAUUGGAGACUGGGCAACACCUGUCUCCUCCCCUCCGCCCCCUGCUUCACUAGGUUGAUUUUUCUCAUCUCUUCCAAUGUCUUUGGAAGUGAAGAGGAAAGCAAUGGCUUUUACUGCUCUCUGCUUCUGUUUCAGUUUUUCAAGUCCUGGAAGAAGGGUGGACUUAAUGUCCGUCUUCCACACCCCACAUAUAUAUAGAUAUAGAUACAGAUGCAUAUGUCUGUAGUGUGUGGGUUUCUCUAUGUGUGUAUAUAUAUAUAUAUAUAUAUGUACAUUGAGGCAAAGUGCUGUUGCUCUCUGUGGUCAGUGGAGGCAGGAGGAGGAGGGCAGUGGCCAGCUGGGGUUUGCGAGCAGGGCUGGCUGCACGUUGGCCAGAUGCCUGACAUCUGUCUUGGGGGAUUCUUUCUCCCAAAACAAGAUCCGUGUCUCUCAGCUGAAUUCUCCGUGUGUCUCCUACCUUCUCCCACCCAGAGCAGAAAUGGGGCCUUGCUGUGAUUACCGGCUGCCUUCUAUGGGGGUUCAGCAAUGAGUUACUGCAGAACUAAAUUCAAGCCUUUGUUUCUUGGUUCCUGGAUGAAGAAGGGGUGGCCAGGCUCCCAGACCUGCAUCUUUCUUCCUUCCAGCGUGGCUCACGCUGCAGAAGUAGAGGCUAACUCAGCCGCGGGGCUAAAGCAAGCCGCUGGUGCACAUAUCCAGCGCAUCCGUCGGCACCCUUCCGCCCAGCCAGGCCGUGAGCUCUGUGGCCAAAGGCUCCCCUACUGCGGAGCCACCUGUGCUAGCGCCAAGCUGCCGGCUCUAUUUAUACCGUCCCCGGCUCAGCACUCUGUGCAGCGCUGUUCCACAGCGGCUGAUUGGAUCCUCCUUUGCUUUUGUGGGAGCUAAUUCUCCAGAUUGAUUAAUUACCACUUGUGCGGAGCCGCCUGUGGCUUUCCCGCACUCACCACGUGCUGCCUGCCGACUCUUCUCUGCCCUGGGGCCUUCGUCCUCCGGUGGACCUGAGCUGCAGGGGGAUGGGCUCAGGUGAAGCGAGGGCGCCUCUGGCUGCUGGGGCCUGGGACGCUCUGGAUCCUGCCCUCUUUGCCGAGUUCUAUUCUGUGGCUGAGGCGUAGGAAUGAAGGCGGGAGAGGUGGUGAGUAGGGUCUGGGCACUGACUCUUCCUCUGCCAAAGUCUGGUCCUGGUUCAAACUCGUAGCAUCCAGAAGCUUCCUGAGAUCAUCUUCCCACUAAGAUGUCUCUCUGCCGGUAAGAUAUGGUGCUGCCCAAGGGCAGGGCAGAAGGCCCCGAGGACGGGGUGGAGGGGAGAUCUGCCCCUCCCCCCUCUUGUGUAGGAGCCCCCUUUCUGGCUUGGCUUAGAAUGAAGGUUCCUUGAAGUAUUUCCUUCUUGGUGCUGCUGUCUUGGUGGGUUUGGGGGCACCCACCUCUCCCGAGUUCCCUGCUUGGACGUGAGCCACGGCAGCAUUGGACGGCUUCUGCUGGUCUCAUGCAGCUGCCAUGGGCUUGGCCCAGUGACCUCGCAGGAUGAGGCCUUGGAUGGCUGCUGUCUCUUCUUGGCGUUUCCAUCUUAGGGGAUGGGCUUCUUCUGUGCCGCACCGGCCCUGGUCCUUCCUUUCACCCAGGGAGCUGAGGACCAGCUCCACCCUUGAGGUUUACCGUGCAAGUAACACCACCGCAGUUCCUUUCUGAACACAUCUGAAGGGGUCAUGGUGAGAGAGGCACACAGGGGCUUCUGAGACUGGGCCGUGCACCCUUGGGGUGGAACCUGGGCCUUCCGGUUGAUGUGCUUCUCUGGGGCGUCGGAAUCCGCUUGACCACUGAGCACCAGCUCUGCGAGAUGGAAGAGCACACAACUCUUUGUGUUCUUUUUUCCAGGUAGCACACCCUCUGCCCCCGCGUCGUGAUGUGCUGCUCACUUGGGCGUCUCUCCUGGGGGAUGACGGGAGCCGGCUUACCUGAGGUGUUGGGGUGGGAGGUGGGGGCUUACCGCAAGCUGACGUGCAGCCUUUGUGCACUGGCAGUGUGAGAUUUCUACCCCAGAGGAGCUCACGGGGCUCAGCCAGGCCCUGGGAUGCACUGGGAUGUGGGCAUCAGGCUGUCAGCCUUCAGGAUGAAUUUGGCCUACUUUUCUGAGCACCCUCCUGGGAAUUCCAGCCCUCGGGUUAGAAAAGAAGAGGAGAUGAGGUAGAAGGCUUUGCUUCUUUCAGAUGUCAUGAGAGGCUGAGAUGCUCAGGCCGUGGCUGUGCCUUCCAGGGCACCCCCGUGCUAACCCGGGUGCUGACGCCUCCUCCGCUUCCUCUGGCAGUGCCCAUGACCUCAGCACGUAGACCCAACACGGGGAGCCGUGCUUUUCGCUGGUCACUGAAUGGCCGCUGUGCUGUGGCUUCCCUGGCUAGGGCAGGGAUGUCAGGUCUGCCCAUCUCUCAGUGGCCUGCCACUCAUUCAGCUCCCAUGAGGGCUUCCUCCUGUGACAGUGUCCUCGGAGGCCAGCAGCCCUCCUGCAGCCCGUGGACGGCGAUGGGAUUGGUGGAACGCAGUUCCCUCUCUCCGUGGAUAGAGGGCGAAGAUGUCACAGUCACAAGUUUAGGUGCUGGGUGUGGGCAUGUGUGACAGCGUGGUUGUGGGCAUGUGGGUGAUGGGGGUGUAACCACCUCUAGGGACCAGUGUCCUUCAUAGUCUGCCUUUGAACAAUGGCAGUGACUACUGAUCAGCUUCUUAGGACUUCUGCACUCAUUCUGUAGGAGAUCACGCCUUCCAAACUUCCGCUUUUACGGUCUGGCGGCCUUGCAGUAGAUACGACUCAGAUGUAAACCUGCUUCUGUGUCUCAGAUGUCUGUCUGCCCCUUCAGCAUCGCGGCUGAGAACUGUGGCUGUUGUGGUGUCAGGUGACCCACAGACCAGGAAGAGGGUGAAACGGUUCUUAGCGGGGCCUGGACAACUGCAUUUGCGUGGGGAGAGAAGAUGUACGACGAGGCAGAGAGGCGAAGCCUGUCUCGAUUUGCUGGUGGGCUGCCGUGGGCUCCCUGGUGCUGAGCGGGGUCCUGUGCUGGAUUGUUGGGGUGGCUCUGGGCCCAGCAUCUGGGAGUGGCCCUGCCUGCUGCCAGUCUACCUCUAAGCAGCUUCCCUGGAGAGACUGGGGGUAGGACAGGCCUUUUGAGAUCCUACUUUCUUAGCAGGAAGGACGCCUUUUUCCUAGCAGGCUGGCGGGGUCUGUGCCCUCCUUUGAGGUGCCUAGUCCCACAACCAUGCGCUCGGGGGAAGACUGAAGCCGGGUGGAUUGAGCCGAGUAUUUCUUGUUAUUUUUCCAUGCUCUCUGUCUUUAUUUUUGAUUUGUGAUCUAAAAUAUUUGGGGUUGAACUGAUUUAAUUUAUUCCUCUGCCCUUUUUGUGCCGAGGAAACUGGGGUAAGGUUCAAAUGUGAAAUUUUUCUGAUUUUAUUUGGGGUGGGGGACAAGGUUGACGAAACAGUAGCUUCUAGGGAGAAACAGAUUUCACGGAGCCUUCAGCAUCUUUGGCAUUGCCCACGAUCUGAAUCUCCAGGGCUGAAGACUGCGUGGCUGGAAUCUGUUUCUUCCCAUUUUGUUAGCAAAAGCCUUUUCCAGGCUUGGGGGUGGGGUGGGGGAAGAAUUGUACAUAAAGUACAUUUUAUUAAUCUGUAGAGAAACCUAUGAAAAGAAAAGCUAAUGGUUAAUCUUGGGCUUGCUUUGCUUGCAUGUAAAGGAGCUUUGGGGGCACUGCAGGGAUGGUUGGGGAGCUGCAGGAAGGGGCACAGGGUGGAGCCGAGCGGGUCAUGGAAGGCCCUGUUGAGUCCAACCUCUGGAGCUGUGCAGAUUCCCACCGGGGCUUCUAACCCGGCCCUGCCUGGGUAUCUUCUUCGGAUAAAGUGGAUCUAGUAGGCAGUGUGUAGAGCCCCAUGUGGCUGUGUGUAUUGCUUUAGGGAGAGGGCCAAAGAGGUGUCUUAUUGGCCAGCUCUAGAUUGACUAGGGUAAUGGAUGGGGCACUGGUGUUUCAGGAGGGGGAGUUGGAGAACUGGAGGGUGGAGGGGAGGCCUGUGUGCUUUGCCAGGUGUUGGUGAGGCUGGAAGGGGCACAGAGGGUGAGGUCAGGCAUGGGUUAGGAUGGUGAGACCACCCCAGGGGACACCAAGUCUCAGCAUCUCUUUGAGUCAUGUGAUAACUUAGUUACUUGUAAGGGUGCAGGGUACACACUGGGGGAUCAUCCCAAGAGGACGAAGAAUGAUUGCCUGGUGGGCGUCUGGCUGGGGAGUGGUGGCCAUGCAGGGCGUGUGGGAGGGGGAUCUGGGCAUCAGGGACAGAUUGUGGGGUGGGGUCCUGCAUGUGAACGCAGACUGGAUCUUGGGAGAGGUCUUGCUUCUUAGCUAGAUCUUCCUUGCUUCUUCUAACACUAAGUGCCCAAACCAAACAUGGACAUCUUCUUUAUAUUGUAUUUCAACUUCAUUUGUUUUCGGGGCUCCUCAGGCCCAAAGCUGAGAAACUUGUCUUGAGAUGCCCAUCCUAUCACCAGCUCUUCAUCAGUGGAGAAGGAAGUGCCAUUCUCAUUUUCCUAAGCUGCAGUGGUGGGUUGCCUCUCCGUCCACAAUCUGAAAAUGUUCAUGGGCCUUGGUGAUGGUGAUGGUGAUGGAGAGGGGGAGCUGGAGCCUGACGUGCCUUCAUCCCCCUUUCCUCUUGAGGUAGAGAGGCUCCCUUCAGGCCACGAAGUUGCACAGUGGCUUCGUGAGGCCUUCUCUUUACUUUCUCUUCUUUUGAUAGGCUAAAGUCACUAGUCUGUGGUGGAGGUGGGAGGGCAGAAGAGUUUCACCUGAAACUCUGGGCUUGACCAGCCAUUCUUCUCUCUGUAAUGUCUCCAGCUCUGCUUCUUUUUAGAUUAAGAGGCAGAAUUAAAAAUCUCUUCUUUAGAAGAAGUCAGUAAACCAAGGAUCAAAGCCCAGAUUGGACUUUCGCACUCUUACCAGCUUGCUGUUUGGCUAGGGGUACCAAUCACCACCCUUCCCUCUGACUGCGAGUGAAUCCACACUGGUUCAGAGCCUUAUUUCUGGGUUCCUGUCUGUACUCUCAAAACCUUCUUUCAGGAGCAAGUAUAAUAACCCCACCAGAUGUUCUGUGUGUUGGGUUGCCGAGAAGGUGGAAGUUUUUUUCAACCUCAUUUUAAGCUGUUAGAAAAACACUCAGUAGAUUGAAUUUGGUCCAAAGGCACCACCAUCCCCUGAGGGAUCCCAUGUAGGAUAAGGACAAACGAAGCAUCCAUACAGGGGUCAUUAAUGGCUGCUCACAUCUUAGAGAAGGAAGAGUCUGGGUAUCUUGGUUGCCAUAUACUCUGGUGGAACAGUGGCCAGUCAUUAAAAUCACAUGGGUGUUGUCUUCUGCGGCGUAGAAGACGGUAGUAGUAGUUAGGGUUUCGGACGAGAGCUGGUGAAAAGCUACCGGCUUUGGAGCCCUGGCUGGGAGAGCUAGAUUGGACAGUUUUAACCCCGUGGCUCAAAUGCUCAGCUCCUGUCACUGGUCCUUGGUUGUCACCAUUCCCAUCACACUAGAUGGGGACGUGAAUGGCUGCCUGGGCCUGCCUUUCUUUCGGGUCUUGAAGAAGUGUGCUUCACCAGUCCUACCUUUCCGUGGCACUGGAUUUCCUGGAUUUAUUUUGGGAACUAGGGCAGAUUCUCCCUCGCCACCCCGUAUACACACCAGUUAGCUUCCCUUCCCUUUUCCUUUCCCCACUUCUGUAUGGCUCCAGGGAUCGUGAACAUGUGCAUGGUUUACGAUGGGGAGGUGGUGGGAGGGGCAGGGAAUCUCGGAGGGCAGGGGGUUGGGCUGGGGAGGGGACUUGCGUUUUCGGCCUUAGAAAUGCUGCGGGCAUGCACGUGUGGGGUUUUCACAUAAGCCAUGGGAAGGGCGAGUGCCCAGCCCUCCCCACACUGGUGGUAGAACCUAGGGCUUUGGCCUCCUUUUGGCAUAGGGGUGUAUGAAGCUGUAUUUCUGGUGGAGGGAUGGGCCUCCUCACGGUCAUCUUGCAGUUCUUGAAAGGGUAGUUGUCAGCCACUCUAUUAGUGAGGUUUUAUAUGGCUUCCCAUGAACAAUGAGAGAUGUGCCAUGGCCGACGGUGUCCUGGCAGGGCUGGAGAAGGGAUUGUCUCAUGUGUCCCUCUGCAGGUACCAGGUUGUCCCCCUGGUCUCUAACCCCCAGCCAGCUGUCUAGUCCAGUGUUUCUUUUCUGGAUUCAGGAAGUAAGUGGGGUGUGUGUGUGUGGGGGGGGGGUGUGUGUAUGUGGUGUGUGUGGUAUAUGUGUGUGGUGUGCAUGUCUGUGUGUGGUGUGCAUGUCUGGUGUGUAUGUGUGUUGUGUGUGGUGUGUGUAUCUGUGUGUGGUGUGUGUGUGGUGUGCGUGUGUGUGGUGUGUCUGGGUGGUGUGUGGUGUGGUGUGUGUAUUGUGUGUGGUAUGUGUUGUGCAUAUUGUGUGGUGUGUUGUGUGUGGUGUGUCUAUUGUGCGGUUGUGUAUGUGUGUGGGGUGUGUGUGGUAAGGUGUGUGUGUAUCUGUGGUGUGCGUGUAUGUGUGAUGUGUCUGAUGUGUGUGUGUGUGAUGCAGUGUGUGUGGUGUGUGUUGAGUGUGGUUUGGUGUGUGUGUUAUGUUGCAUGUGGUGUGUGCGUGGUGUGGUGUGUCUGGUGUGUUUGGUGUGGUGUGUCUGGUGUGUCUGGUGUGUGUGUUUGGUGUGGUACAUGUACUGUGUGUGGUGUGUGUGUGUGCUAUGUGUUUUGUGUAUUGUAUGUGGUGUGUUAUUGUGUGUGGUAUGUGUGUACUGUGUGUGGGUGUGGUGUGUGUAUGGCGUGUGUAUGUCUGGUGUGCGUGUGUGUGUGUGAUGUGUCUGGUGUUCGUGUGUGUGUGUGAUGUGUCUGGUGUGCGUGUGUGUGAUGUGUGUGUGUGUUGUGUGGUUUGGUAUGUGUGUUGUAUUGUGUGUGGUGUGUUGUGUGUGUGUGUUGUGUGUGUGUGGUGCGUGUGUGGUGUGUGUGUGUGUUUGUGUGUGUGGUGUGGUGUGUCUGUUGUGUGUGGUGUGUGUGAGAGAGAUUUGUACAGACAUGCUGAUUUGCCUGCGUAGCGUCAGGCCCAGGAGACCCUCCUUUGUUUGGCUCUUUUGCUAGACAACUUCUGUUUGGGUAGGAGGGUCAAAUUAGUAAUGCACCAUCCUUAAUGUAUUUUUUAUGGAGACUGUACAUAAAAUUAUAUAAAUCUACAGAAUUGGUUCUAUUUUAAGGAGAGAGGGGAAUGUAUGUGGGAGGCAAGGAUCAGAUACGAUCGUGGAGACCGGGAGCUUCGGGCAAGUGGCACUCGUGGGGCGUGGGGAGCGGGAGGGCAAGAGAUGAGUGCCGGGCAAGAUGGGCAGGGGCCCAUGCCCUCUGCACACAUAUAUAAAUAUAAAGAACACCUAGAUAAAGUCUAUAUAUCUCUAUAUCUAUAUGAAGUCAUAAUUUGCUUUAUUUUUGUACCUGUGCUUAGAUAUGUUUUGAGCAGUGCUACCUUCCCAGGCAGUCUGGGAUACUAGCUCAUGCCUUGACGCCACCUCCUUCCCUGCUCUUCCUUUGAUAUUCUCUCUGUUCAGAGUUGCUUGGGUCUUUCUGAUGGAAAUGUGUAUAUAUGAAAAGUUUGUAAAAUAACAAAACAAAUAACCCACCUGCAGGAAGGACAAGUGAGCUGAAGGUUGUGUGGAGCUGCAGGAUCUGAUAGCCCUAAAGCACCAGGACCAGCGUGUCUCUUGCCACUUGGGAGGGAUGUUGACUUGAACGUCUUUGCAGAGGUGCUUAACAGGGCAAGGCUGAGGAGAUGAAAACUGUGACUCCAUCCCCAUGUGGCUGUGGAAAGGUAACCAGUUCCUCAGAGAAAACCUGGCUUCACAGCAUUAGAAAGGGGGUGGUUGAGACUACCUAGGGACCUGCGGUGACACCUGUCUUGGUUUGUAGCUCAGACAGCUCAGACAGCUCAUAGAGGGCAUGGCAAUGGGAGAGUUUGUGAGGCUGGCUGCCUGGGCUUGGUCUUGGAGAACACAUGGCCUGUUUAGUGUUGCUGCAGAUUCUCAGAGCCAGUGUGAAUGUGGUAUGUAGUAUAAAUAUGUCAUCUAUGUUGUUUUCAGUUAUUUUUAAUUGGAAAAUAAAGUGCCAUUGCAAAUAGGACGGUCCAAUCCUGGGACACUGAGUGGAAGAUGAGGAGGGAGAGAUGAACUGUGGGCCGGCCUGGGAGAGUGGGUCUUAGUGGGACCUUCCUUCUGGCCUCCAGCCAGGGACUUACAAAACCGAACAAUGUAUUGGCAGAACUGGACCCAUGAUGGGAGAUUCUGGGGAGCGGGAGUUCACUUGUAUCUGAGCAGGAAGCAGUGUGCCCUGAAGAAUACCUCUCUGAGCAAAUUCCAGACCUCACACAUAUGCAAGGGCUCUGCCUUGCAGCCUCAGCAAGCGUCUCCUGGUGCUAGCUCCUUCCUGACUUGCCCGGAGCUCGGAGUGAUGUAUUUGAAGCCGGUGCUGGGCCAGAUGGUGCAGGCAGUGAGGAGAGACUCAGGACUGCAACCUUUCGGCUCCUUAUUCCUGCUCAUCACUCAGAAAAGGGCAGUACUAACCCCUUUCCUAACCAAGAGGUGGCACUCCCUAAGAGCUCUUGUCUAUAGAGUUUGGUCCUUAGAGGAAAGCAGAUGCCUUCAGCGUGAGAAGGGCUUGGUUGACAGUUUUGGGGUAUUAUGGGAAGAGUAGGUUGGGGUAAAGCUUGAGUCUAACUCUUGAUCCUUACCUGGACCUAUGAGGCCCUGCCAUUCAGUCAGGCACUGUCCUUGGGUCCUCAAAUUAACUGCUGAGAACACUCCCCACUUUCCGAGGACGCUGAUGGGAAAUGGGCUCUGUCCAUGCAGCUGGAAGGAUCCAGUGCUGGUGCCACUGUCAGUGUGUCCAUCCUUGCCUUGAAUGAUCUUUCUUGCAGGCUCCUGCAGCUGAGUGUUUCUUGUAAGAUUUUUCAGGGGGAUUGGGCAAGAAGAAGAGGUGCAAAUUCUGUUCCCUUCCCACCUUGAAGCCUUCCCAGGCCACCACGGUCUCUGCACAAGGGAGGCUCCCAUUACCGUUCUGUUGGCUCCUAGACCCACCACCGCCUCUCUUUCUGUGGACUCUGCCCGACUUCUGGCCACAUGCAACCAGCAGAGUAAACUGCUCCAGCACCACGGGCAUGUCCUAGGGCUUGCCCUCCCACCAGGGCCAGCCCAAGAUUAGGUCCUCAGCAGCAUCAAGGUCUGGGAGAGCCACUGGCCCACAUGUCACCAUUCUAUUCCUCAGCCUCCAACUGGACUCUUCAUUUUGGGGAGGGAAAGGGAAGAUGGGGCCAUAGCCCCUACCUUGAAAUUGUACAGUGUGGAGGGGAUGUCAGUGCCUACCUGUGACCUUUCUGCUCCACUGCUCAGCAAGAUGAGGUAAGGGUGGGUGUCAGAGGGGACCUCCAGCUUCUCUGAAGAGCCAGCCCUUAAGGCACUUGGAGCAAAGGUCAUUGAGAUCAGCUUUAUGUGGAGUAAGGAGGAGGCCUGGGAACCGCUUGUGGCAUCAGUUGGGGCGACAGGUGGAUGAGUGUGCUCUGAUGGAGCUUUUACGGCCCACAGCCACUGCCAGGAGCCUGAGCUCUUCCCCAUGCUUGGGACACGUUCCUUGGUCCCCACAGCAGAAUGGACAUUGAAUUUUGGUGCUUUUCCCUUUUGGUAGAAGGUGGAGGUAUCUGAGGAGUUGUUUCUGUCUUGCUACCUCUGUCUGCUAUAUAGAGCAAGAGUCGGGAAUAGGGAGAUGUGUGAGAAUCACUCUCCCAUGGAUCAGUGUGGGCCCUGUCCCUCUUCCCCACUGUCACCAACCAACAGCUUGGGGAAAAGGCUCUGUCUUGGAUUUUUGCUGCGCGCUUCCACUCUUCUUGGCGGUAGAUGUUCAUGUUGAUCCACUUUGGGCGGUCUGAAAGUAGGAGGUGGGGGAAGAGGCAAGCCUGCACAGCACACUUCCUGUCCAUAGGGGGUUGCCUGUGGCAUUGGAGGGUGGAGUCUCAGAGUCCAGGGACUGGGAGGAAGGUACUUGAUGGGAUAGUCUUGAUUCUGGAACUUUAGACUGAGGUGUUAGAAAGGGGAAUUGUUGGCUAGGGGAGAAGAGCAGUUUAACGCUCCACUUGCUAAGUGGUCUGUAUCAGUGUCAGAAGGUCUUGACCUCCCAUUCAGAUUUAAUUUCCUAACUGCCAUGUGUGGGGCUGGGGAUAGAGGGCCCAGAAGGGGGCGCAGUCACUGACGUGAAGGGACCACAUCCCGCUUCAUGUCAGCGACUCCUGCCCCUUGGUCUUCAGUGUUUUUCUCUUCCCCAGGAGGGACUUUGAUCAUGCAGGAUAGAAUUCUCCCAUCCCACACCUGGGGGCAAGUUUUAGAUGAGCUUCUUUCCUCCAUUUCACCUGGUGGUCCGAGGACACACAGAGGGUGGGGGUGAGCAGGCAUUGUGGGUGGGGAGGGGCUCCUGAUGCUACCUCCCCCAGACCCCUUACAAACUCUGUACUUCUCGGUGCGCGGCAGCCUCUUGCUGUAGUUCUUCUUUUCUGGAUAUGACUGUCAGUUUCGUCAUGAGAUUUCUUGCUCUCAUUUCGAACUCUUUCUUUCUUCCACUUUCUUUGGGGGUGACCCCCGAUCCAUGCCAGGUCUUCCUGUGAAGACCGUUCCAACCUCGUUUCCAUUUCUUGAAUGUUGAGUAUUACAACAUCACUGCGCUAGGGUGCUUCAUGGUGCUGUUCUCGAAGAGGCCAGUUGGGCUGAAUCUCCUUCCUCCCACUGGCUCCUGAUAUCUUGCUGUAUUUUGUCUUCUUUCUGAUUUUUCCCUAGGGGUUUGGGGUGGGUGACUUAGGGGCGGCUUUUGUGUUCUCCCUCUCUCUCUUUCUUUUCUGUAUGUAUGUAUGGACUGGUUAAAAAGUGAGUUUGGGCAGCUGACUUUAUGGUAUGGGUUGGCUGACUUUUGUUCAACAUUAAAGACAAACCAACAAAUUGUACAGCUGCACACAGAACACCUUUGAGUGUGAACUUGAAUGGCAACUAGAGGCUUACUUUUUGAACUUCAGGUAUGUAACUCAAAAGUAAAUAAAAACACUAUUUUUUCAGUAA